AUGUCAAGCGGCGCGCUUGAGACAAACGGCGUCCGCAUUGCGGUUGAGGGUUGUGGACACGGUACUCUCAAUGCCAUCUACGCCGCCGUAGAAAGGUCAUGCAAGGAGCGCGAGUGGGAUGGAGUCGACCUGCUCAUCAUCGGCGGAGAUUUCCAGGCUGUCCGCAACGCCGCCGACCUCAACGCCAUGUCGGUGCCAGCAAAGUACCGCGAACUCGCCGACUUUCACGAGUACUAUAGCGGAUCUCGCAAGGCCCCCUACCUGACCAUUUUUGUGGCCGGCAACCAUGAGGCGUCAUCCCAUCUUUGGGAGCUCUACUACGGUGGUUGGGUAGCCCCCAACAUCUACUACAUGGGCGCGGCCAACGUGCUCCGCCUGGGCCCGCUGCGCAUCGCCGGCAUGAGCGGCAUCUGGAAGGGCUUUGACUAUAAAAAGCAGCAUCACGAGCGGCUACCCUUCAACGCCGACGAUGUCAAGAGCUUUUACCACGUGCGCGAGAUUGACGUGCGCAAGCUGCUGCAGCUCCGCACUCAAGUGGAUAUCGGCAUCAGCCAUGACUGGCCCCGGGCGAUCGAGAAGCAUGGCAACAAGAAGCGCCUGUUCCAGAUGAAGCCUGACUUUGAACGCGAGUCGCGCGAUGGCUCGCUGGGGAAUCCGGCUGCCGAGUAUGUCUUGGAUAGGCUGCGUCCACCCUUCUGGUUCUCGGCGCAUUUGCACUGCAAGUUUGCCGCCAUCAAGCAAUUCAAGCAGCCAGAGAAAGGACAGGAGACCGAGGAAACCGUCCAAGCAGCCCCUAGGCCGAUUAUAAAUGCCAACCCUGAUGAAAUCGACCUCGACCUCGACUACGGAGACGACUUCCCGGGGAUAACAGCAGCAGCAGCAACAGUCGCCAAACGCCCCACUGAAUCACAGCCCGCUGGUGAGGAUGCCGCCGAUGAGGACGCCGCGCAGCCUUCCAUCGAAGAUACCAUAGACGAGACGGAAGCCCUACGCUCCCAACUCCCGGAGGCCUUCGCCCGACCCGCCCGCGUCUCCUCCACCCGCCCCACCCCAGGCCAACCAGUGCCCGAGGGCAUCACCAACACGACGACACGCUUCCUCGCCCUGGACAAGUGCCUCCCCGGCCGCAAGUUCCUCCAGCUCAUGGAGAUCCCCACCGACACCCCGCGCCCGGCCAAGCUGCACCUCCAGUACGACCCCGAAUGGCUCUCCAUCCUGCGCGCCUUCCACCCGCUGCUCAAGAUCGGCGACCGCACCGCCACCACCCCGCCCGACGAGGGCGAGGCCCACUACCUGGCCCUCAUCGAGGAGCAGCGGGAGUGGGUGGAGGAGCACGUCGUCGCGCAGGACCGCCUCGACGUGCCCGACAACUUUGCCGUCACCGCCCCCGCCCACCGGCCCGGCGUCGACGCCGAGGUGGUCGACGAGCAGCCGCUCGAGUGGACCAGCCCGCAGACGGCAGCGUUUUGCGAGAUGCUGGAUGUGGUCAACUACUGGGAUGCUAGCGAGACGGAGAGGAAGGUCAGGCGGGAGAUGGGGCCCGCGCCGGUUGAGUAUGGCGGCGGACGUGGACGCGGUGGUGGACGCGGUGGGUAUGGGGCCGCGGGAGGGGUUGAUUGCUAUCUCAUCGUUUCGGUCUCGUCGCUGAAGAGGGUGUAA